AUGGCCUCCGCGCCGAGGCCGGGUGUGCGCCGCCUCUUCGCCGACGACGACGCCGGGCUGCUCGAGCUCGCGCUCGCCGAGGUGGCCGCCGCGUGCCGGGACCUCUCUCGCCCCGCUGCACCGACCCAGCGUGGCGUCCCGGCGCCGCGGUCUGGCCUCACGGAUCCAGAUCCAGCACUGACAAGGGUGGAUCCGCGUUGCGACGACGGCGGCCAGGCCAAGCACAGCAGCUCCAACGACGUCGGCUGCCCUUGGCGGAGGAGGUGGGGUCCCGCGGGCUCCAGCAAGGCCAAGCAGGCCGCAAAGUUCGUCAAGGUGGUCGUUGACGGCGCGCCCUACCUGCGGAAGGUGGACCUCGAGGCCUACGCCGGCUACGACUUGGUCCUCGGCGCGCGCUCCAGGACAAGCUCUUCUCCCAUUUCAACAUCAGUUGGAUUGCUAAAUGUUGAUGGUUACUAUGAUGUUCAUGCUAUUUUGUAA